AUGUCGUCGUCGGCCCUGGGCGGCUUCAAGCGCCGGCCUCCCAAGACCCUCAAGACCCGUCACGCCCUUAAAAAGUACGAGCCGAAGGUCGUGGAGAACCCGAAGCGGAUCCUUUUCCUGCGCGGGGCGCGGACAAGCAGCGUGGUAAACGAGGCCAUGACGGACCUCGCCGCCAUCACGAAGCCGUACAACAAGAAGCUGAAGAAGCGGAACGGCUUUCACCCUUUUGAGAGCCGCGAGCAUCUCGAGUUUCUCGGCUUCAAGAACGACUGCUCCCUUUUCUGCUUCACCAGUGACAGCAAGAAGCGGCCGCACAACCUUGUACUGGGCCGGCAGUUCGACUUCCACGUGCUGGACAUGGUGGAGCUGGGCAUCGUGGCGGCGGACCGCCUUGACCUUGAGCGCGUGAAGGGGAUGGAAGUGGCGUCGCUGGGCGGGAAGCCUCUCUUUGUGUUUGAGGGCAGCGAGUUUGCUGCGGACCCGAUGUUCAUGCGCCUCAAGAGCCUCCUCAUUGACUUCUUCCGCGGCAGUACAGAGACGGAGAUCAACCUGGACGGCUGCGACCGCGUCUUGGCCUUCUCGCUGCGGUCCGAAAACGGCGAGGACGCAUGCGUGGCGCCCUCAGCGGAGUGCUACAGCAGCGGGCCGCAGCAGGAGCGAGGAAACACGGUGCUUUGCAUGCGUCACUACGCCCUGCAGAAGCCGAGCACCGCAGCCGGCAUGCCUAGGAGCCUGAGCAGCAACAUGCAGCUCGUGGACAUCGGCCCCAACUUUGACUUUGCGCUCCGCCGUGCCUCCUUCGCAACUCCGGCGGAGUUUAAGGUGGCCACCCGCGUACCGCGGGAGUUGCUUGCGACGCAGCGCUCCACUGCAGAAAACGUCAGCAGCGACGCCCUCGGGAACCUCCGCGGCCAGCUGCACGUCGGCAAGCAGGACGUGGGGCAGCUGAACCUCCGCCGCUUCAAGGCGCACCGGAAGACGCAGCGGGAGGCGGACGGCGAGGAGGCGACGCGGAAGCGCCGCCACCGGCGCUGCAGUGGGGCGGACGCUGACGACGAGGCGCGCCCCGAGACGGACAUAUAA